UACACACUAACCGGAAAUACGUAAUGGCGGGUAACGUGACUUCCGGUCACUAGUAAACAAAGAUGAAUACCGGCAGAGUCUACUCGACAAACUUAGAAGUUCUACCUAAGUUUUCUUUUUCCGAUGUCAUAAAAAGUGUGGAGGCACAUUCAAGCACAAAAGGCAACAAGUUGAACAAGGGUUACAAAUUUUUCCACGAGGAAUUUGUCCACAGUUAUCAAGAUAUCACUGGCCACUGACGGUGGAAGUUUGAUGGCUUAUUCCUGCAGCUGUGUAGCUGGUAAAGGCUUCUGCAACCACGUAGUAGCCCUCCUUUACCAGACUGCACACUAUUCGCAGCUCAGUUUGCCGACUGUUCCACCACCCCUGGCCUGCACAAGUGAUUUACAAUGCUAGCAUAGACCGAGAACACAGGGAAUCCAUCCUGAACCUGUGAAUCACGUGGUGGUGCAAAGGCCAACGACGGAGGGCAAGAGUGAUCUUAGCUCCACAUUGUACCAGGCAUAUUCAGGACCAUUUCCUGACCCUGACAUGAUGGCAUCUGGAGCCAAGCUACGCCAGGAGCAACCUCAGCCUCUCAUUGCUCUCGUAUUAGAUGGCUUGUCUGAGAUAGAGCUGACUCCAUCUAAAUUUGGGCCUGUCCCACAAGGAUCCCCGCUGUCUUAUCAUUGCCCACCUGAAAAGUCCAGUGACCUUAUCCUGCACCACUUGGCUCCUGAAUUCCCGAGUCUUCCUUUUAUGCAGCAUACUUUUUCCAAGUUGCACUUUGUUCCAACGUUGCAUCAGCUCAUGCACCUCCAGUCACUCCAAGUGUCACCACAAAUGGCCAGUGAAAUUGAGAAGGGAACCCGGCAGCAGUCAAAAUGUCCUGCAUGGGCACAGUUACGUCAGCCACGGUUAACUGCCAGUCGCUUUAGAGAGGCCUGCUCUUCCUGGGAGGGAAGUGUGGACCCAGAGUCUGCAGCAAAGGCCCUCGCUGUCCAAAUGAUAAGAGGCUCCAAAAAGCAAACUUCUGCAAUGAAGCGGGGUCUCCUAAUGGAGUCAGAGGUCCUGGCAAGUUAUGCUGAAGUAAUGCGAGAUAAUGUGCUCCCUGCUGGAUUUGUCAUUCACCCAGAAGCACCAGAUCUCGGGGCAAGUCCAGAUGGUAGGGUGUAUGAUCCUUCAGAGUCGCCACCAUUUGGACUUGUUGAAGUGAAGAGCACCACUAAACACGAUGCUUCGCAGGUUGCUCACCUUAAGAGGGAAAAUGGCUCUGUCAGCGUGAGGCGUUCACACCGUUACUGCUGGAAGGUUCAGGGACAGUUAGCGGUAACCGGCCUAGAGUGGUGUGACUUUGUCACAGACACACAGAUAAGUUUGUCUGUUGAAAGAAUUUGGCAAGAUGAUUCAUUCAUAAUCAAAAUGAAGGACAAAUUAGACCUUUUCUACUACAACACAUACAUGAAUGUUUACUUGGAAUCACACUGAACUGUUUAGGACUCUCAAUAGAUGUCUGAUGUAAUUUACUGUGAAUAAUUUUAAUUAUUCUUUUGUUUUUACUCAUUUUAUAUUUUACAUAUUAACUAAUUAAUUAGUUGAUUUUCAUUUUUGCACAGUAUAAAAUCAAAAUGUUUAAGUUUAUCGAAUCAGUUCAUGUUCAUCUACCUGUCUACAGCAUAACACCUUGCUCAUGGCACACAAGGCCCAAAAUGAUGAUGCUCCC